AGUUAAUAUGGAAAAUCAACUUAAAAAUCUUAAAAAAACACUCGAGCAAAAAAUUUCUCGUGAUCAGAAUGUAAUAACUGACUUACAAGCAGAAAUAUUAAAUAAAGACCUGAUUAUCAAAAAAAUAAACGAAACAACACAAACCUACAUAUCUAAACUUGAAACUGAAAUGCAAUCUCUACAAGAGCUUUAUAAAAAUUCUACAGAAAAAUAACCGAGUUGCAAGAAAAGUUAAUUAAUAUGUCUAAAGAUAAAAAUAACGAUGUGGAAGUAAUGAAAAAAUGUAAAAUUGCAUUAGAAAAGAAAUCUCAGGAAAUUUCAGAUUUACAAAACGAGCUACAAAUUUUGAAAAACAAAUCACUAACAAAUAUAGGAGUUCAAACAGUAUAUAAUCAAUCCCGAAAAAAUAUAGCAUCGCAAACUGAAGCCUCGUUAGCUUACACAGAGUAUGAAAGAUCAGGAAUUAAAGAUAAAAUUAUGGAUGACGUAGAUAAAGAAAGAAGUAAACAUUCACUGAUUGUUUUAGAAAAAACAAAGCUUCCUAAACAAAUACCCCCACCUGUUAAUGAGGUUCAAGUUUUGACUGCAAACAUCGAACCCACGUUUGAUUACGUGAAAAGUAGCUAUUUAAACUAUAAAAUGAAAAGACUUACUCAAGGUCGUUUAGAACAAUGUUCUAUUUCAAGUCUAUGGGAUAAAUCGGAGAAUGAAUUUACUCCCCCGAGUGACCUAAGCACACAAAUAUUUAGCCGUUCUGCUGAGAAAAUACCCAAUAAUCUCAUAAGUAACUAUGACUCUCCAACGACCCACACUAAUUUGAUAGAUAUUUACAAUAGACAAUCAAUGCAAACUAACUCUUCAAAACUUAUGGGAAACGAAAUAUACAGCGAUGCCCACAAAACGGUUAAACCAAGUAUAUUAAGCGAAUUUUCCAUAAAUAGGAAAGAUGGUGAGGCUAAAAAUAAAAUAACUAAACGACAAAAGACUAGUGGUAUUGUUGCAGAAUCUACUUCAAACAAAUCUACCGAUAAAGAUUUGUUUGUAAUUUAUCGAGAUAGUGAAAGCAGUAUAACCCCAAGAAUGUCAGGUAGAAGAGGUUCUACAGAUAAGAAAGGUCGUUCUGAACUAUUAGUGGAGGCAGUUACUGUUCAUCCUGCUGAAGGAAAAAUGUAUGAAGCACAAAACAAAAAUUAUAUGCAAAGUGAUUCUUUAAUGUACGAUGAUAAUGAAUAUGAAGAUGAUAGUGUUAAGUACAAAUUAAAUAUAAAUUUACCAAGGGUACAAAAUGAUAGUCCUUCGGUUAUCGCAUCUUCAGAAGAUGAUAAAAAAUCAUUGGAUUCAUACAAUUUGGGCAUUUACCCUUCACCCAGAAUAGUAUCAAGUUCUACUAUGAAUUUUAAAAACGAGUCUGAAAAUAUUUUAGAUACUCCAUCUUUGCCUACAAUACCUAACGAUAAGGGUCUGAAUUCAGAGUCUGAAGUUUUCCAGCCCGAAUUAUCUGAUAAUGGAACAUUAGGACUACCCACGAAGAAACAAGCGAAGAUACUUUACAAUAAUAUUACUAAACUUCAAGACAAACGUCAAAAUAGCAUUAAUUUAGGUAUUCAAAAGAUAGGUAACGAAUCUAACUCACGACGAUUAAAAAGAGAGCGUAUCGCACUAUAGACUCUCUCGCGUUGGAGCUGAUGUAUUGCUCAUUAAAACUGAUAAUGAUUAUAAAACUUCGGAAAAUGAAAACAACGUUGUUAAAGAGCUACGGCGUGAAAAUUUCGGACUAAACUAUAUUUUAAAUUCUGUACAACGGGAAAUAAAUCCUAUAAACCAUAUGAGCACUAGCAAUAUCACCAAAGCCGUGCGCAAAAUUCGAAGUGAAGAAGGAUGUAACCCAAUACAGUCCCAACAAGACAAUCUUUCGAUUCUAUCAAAGUUUGGUGAUUCUAUUAACAUGCAUACAGAAAAGAAAGCAGAUUUCAGUAUUUGUUGUAGUAAUGACAGUGUUUCAUCAAAAACUUUAGUAGACCAAGGUGUAAUGGUUGAUUUUAAUCAAGAAUACGAAAAGAAAAUACAGUACUUAAGUAAUGCAUUGAAAAACGCCGAGAAAGAUUUUAAGACAAAAAUUAGCGCAAUAAAAAUGCAAUAUGAUAGUAAUAUAAAAAACAUUAUGAAUGAACACAAUGAAGGUGUUAAAAGUAUACAAAACCUCCACGAAGAAACUUUACACGACGUAUUAAAAGAUCAUGAAAAUGAAGUAGAAAAUCUAAGAAGUAUGAGUAUAGAAGCUAUGCGCAAAGUAGAGAAAUUAGAGAAAGAAAAUCGCUUACUGAAAUCGAAAAUUCGGGAUUGUAGCCCAGUUUGUUUAGACGAGGAGCCAGUCAAGAUGUCAAUCGGCGAAGUAAAACGUCGCCGAAGGUCUCGCGACGUUAAAUUAUUGACGAAAACUAACGUU